CUGACUUGCCGCCGGUCUCUGGACGUCUCCGACGGUCGGUCGUAUUGCAGACACCGAAGCGCUGGAUUCAAGUGUGUGACCCUAUUCUCCGUGGCUCUGGCAGUGUCACUUCUUCCAGACUGCAGGAGAUGGGCCGUAGUCUUUAUGGCUGACGGAUCGGUCCACACCGAUCACAUGACAAGAUGCUGGCUCGUAACCGCUUCCUCCUCCUCGUGGUGGUGGGCGGGGCAGCGCUGGCCAUCCUCAGCCUGAGCCUCCAGUUCUUGAACUUGAUCCCCACCACACCCAUAGUGGAGGAGCGCCCUUUCCAUGCUGCAGAUGGAGGUGCCGGGGUGGCUCUGGGGAAGAGCAGAAAGCGAGUGUUCCCGCUGCCUCACACCCAGGAGCCCAACCCUGUAUUUGAGGCUUAUGGUUACUGCAACAAUCCCAACCACACUGAACAGGCCUGGGAGGGUCACAGUCCUGCUGACUACAAGCUGCUUUCUGUCCAUGUGAUGAUUCGCCACGGUGAUCGCUAUCCACUUUAUUCCAUUCCCAAGACCAAGCGACCCACCAUUGACUGCACCCUGUCCAGUAGCAGGAAGCCCUCCCACCCCCUGCUGGACUCCUUCAUCCAUCACAUGGGCCUGGGGGGCCGUGGCCACUGGGAGUCACCUCUGGCCUCUGUUCCUCGUCUGCCCAACCACAGUGCCUGUGAGAUGGGAGAACUCACUCAGACGGGUGUGGUGCAACACCUUCGUAAUGGGCAGCUCCUCCACCAUGCCUACAAAGAGCACAACCUCCUCCCUUCUGAUUGGUCACCCCGCCAGAUUUGGGUGGAGACCACAGGUAAGAGUCGCACUCUUCAGAGCGGGCUGGCCUUCAUCUAUGGUUUCCUCCCAGACUUUGAUUGGACGAAGAUGAAUGUGCAUCACCAGUGGAGCACGUUGUUCUGCGGCUCGGCCUGCGACUGCCCUGCCAGGAACAGGUACCUGGAGGAGGAGCAGAGGAGGCAGUAUCAGCUGAGAGCGGCCAAUACCGAACUGGAGAGAACUUACAUGGAUAUGGCACAAACUUUAGGUCUGCUUACCCGGCAGCUUCGAGCUGCAAACCCCGUAGAUUCCCUGCUGUGUCACCUGUGCCAUGGCCUUUCAUUCCCAUGUGUUCCCAUGGGGGAGAGUGGCGCUGGUGGAUGCUUGACUAUAGAACAGUUUGCUGUAAUCCGUCGGCAGCAACUGGAGGACGAGGUUGACCGCAGAAGGGCAGGGCUGUACCAUAAAUACGCCAUCCUGGCCAUGUACCCCUACCUCAACCGAACUGCUGCCAAGAUGGAGCGGGUUGCUAAGAGUAGCGAGGCUGGCCGGCAGGCUCGCUCAGGGGCCGAGGAGGUCUUCACCCUCUCUUCGGCCCACGACGUCACAGUGGCCCCGUUGCUGAGCGCCUUAGGUCUCGAGGAAGCCAGGUUCCCUCGUUUUGCUGCAAGAGUUGUCUUUGAACUGUGGAAGAGUCCCCCAGUGACACAAGGCCAAGUAAAAAAGAGAGGUGGAAAAGGUGAGAAGCCAAAGGCGAAAUACGGGGAAGUGUUCAUUCGGGUGCUGUACAACGGCGAGGACGUGACAUUUCACACCACCUUCUGUCGCACCCAAGAACGCCACGUCAGCCAGCCCCUCUGCCCUCUGAAAAAUUUCCUGUCUUUUGUUAGGAAAGACAUGUUCAGCAUUGUCAAUGCCACUUCCUACAAGGAGGCCUGCUACAGGCGCCCUGGUUGACAGAUGGAGCGGAGGGUGACUGAGUAAGGGUGCCGUACUGGCAGAUGGUUGUAUUUUUUAACCUGUUUUGAAGACGGCACACUCUGAUGCUGCUUGUAGUGUCUUACACUUUCCUCAUUUUAUAGCGUAGUCCUUCACAUUUCCAGCACAGUCCAUGAGCUUCAAUUUAUAACCUUUGUACAAACUUCUGAUUAUUUUGUAUCUGUUCUUGCAUGUGUCUAUAUCACGUGAGCAAUUCAAGGGAAGUCAAACAGCACUUAGCCACUUUAUUCCAACAUUCCAUGACAACUUGAAAUUGUAACAUUUCAUUAUUUCCAAAUGCCCGUAAGAAAGGGGAAUAUUGAAGCUGAAAAUAUGCUGGGAAUAUUUUGUGUAUAAUAAAAAAAAAUUCAGUGAAAAUACACUUUGGGCUAGUUUGGCUGCAGAACUCAAGAUGAGUAAGCCAUAAGUCACUUAAUAUUCCUCUGAGGUUUUAAUGUUUAAUCAUUGCAGUAGGCUGUGUUUUUAACAGUAACAAUCUGACAUGUUGUUGUUGGUCUUUUUAUUCUUUGCUCUUUAAAAUUGACUGCGGUACUUUAAAAGUGACAGGUGUUUUUCCUCCCCCCUUACAUUAAUUUACAGCCACACUGUUUAAAUAGUGUGGUGCUAAAAUAGAUGGUUACGUUCCUCUUUUUGUUUUUCUUUUGUUUUUUCUACUGAAUCUAAUAAAGGUUAUUGUGAACAGAUGUACAUUACUGUAAAACACAAGGAGUAAAAAUAAAUGUUCUCAUGUUUUAAUGUUUUGUUCUAUUAGUGUUUUUUUUUAAG